ACGAGCGUCGUUAAGACCCUAUCCACUUCUGGUCUCACUGGGCCCGACGAAAGCCCGCGAAACAGAAAUCUUCCUUCCCAAAGCUAUCAACAAUGGAGAUUUCAACCUCUCAUGCUUCCCUGCACAACUCACUUCCUCCUCGUCUCCUCUUUCCUUACUACCAUUACGCCGUUCCUCAGAACUACGUGCACUGGGCUCAAACCUCCGAGUCUCACGUUUUCUCGGCCGAUCUGCCUGGUGUUCGGAAGGAGGAGAUAAAAGUGGAGGUGGAAGAUUCGCGAUACCUAAUUAUUCGAACGCAGGCUGUGGAUGGAGUUACGGUGCCUGCGAAGAGCUUCUCGAGGAAGUUUCGGCUUCCGGUUUUGGUCGAUGUAGAUGCGAUUUCGGCUGGAUUUGAGAAUGGAGUUUUGGAGAUUACGGUGCCUAGGUCUUUCAGGACACGCUCUGUCAUUCACCAGACCGAUUCUCCUGAUCAACUCCAACUUCUUGCUAGGGCUGCUUGAUUUGAUCGGGAUUCGAAACUCGACCGAUCGACGAUUUCGAUUCCAAGUUUGCUGGUUCUGCCUUCUCUUUUCCUUUCGUUGGAAGUUCGAUUAAUUUCUCACGAGCAGGAAAAAAAUACGUUUCGAUAUUGACAUAUUGUUAAAUUUAGAAUCUGUGAUUGGAGGAGCUAUUGAUCCCAAUGAAAUAGAUUC